AUACGCGUUACCGCUCGAGCUGAACGCUGUUUCCUUUGUUGCGGCUUGUUGCGCUCGCUCUAUUGUUGUUCCGAUGGCGAGUCUAUAACAUUUGCACUCUGGGCUUUGCUAUACAAGCCCAGAGUAAAUGAAAAUGCGCGCCGAGCUCUUGGUUUUCUUGCUGGUGCUGGCAGCAAGCGAGCUUGCCGCCGCUGGCGCUGGUUCAUUGGCGUCGGGCUCUGAUGGAGCCUGGCGCAAGCUCCACCUGGGCAACCGUGCCGCUAUGGAAACAAGCCGCAGUAACAAAGCAGCUUCUGCACAGGGCGAGCGACAGCCCGCCUUCCAGGGUGCGAAGAGAGGAGUAGGGAGCCGUGGCGUGCGGCCGACCGGCAAGGCAGCCGCAACCGGAGGUGGCACCAGCAAAGCCGCGACGCGCGUCAUCUUAGCGGAGCGACAGACGCUUUCCAUAUCCAUCGAUCCGGAGCCUGGCACAGCUGCCACUAUCGCACCGACGCCCGCCGCCGCCGAGGCUGGUAGAUCGCAGCUUCCCGCCUCUGCGCCCACCAGCGCGGGCCCCCUUCCCCGCUCGUCUGCACCCCAGCCCGCAGACCCCGCGCAAUCUUCGCCCCAGUCUUCCCCACCGCCUUCCCCGCUACCACAGCCCUCGCCACCGCAGUUCAUCCUCGCGGAUGACGGCUACUACUUUUUCGAGGGCACGGGGCCGGCAGUCCUCACGCCAGCGAAGCGGCCCGCGUCGAGGCCCCCGCCGAAACCACCUACAGCCAAAAAGCCAGUUGUCCGGAAGUCGCCGGCCGCCAAGAAAUCACCCAAGCCCCUUGUGAUGCCGUCCCUCAGCCCCAGCCCUGGUGGUGGUCCCGGUGCCUCUGGGAAGCUCCCCAACCCCGUGCUUCCGCCCAAUCCGCCCGACUUCAGCUCCGGCCCAACAGUUGCCACCCCCAGCACCGUGCCAGGGACGGACCCUAUUCCCGUUCCCAGCCCCAGUCCAGUGGCUGAUGGUCAGACGGAUGACCGGCAGGCGGAACUCCCAGCACUUCCACAGCCGCUGGCGUCACCGCGGCCGCCGCCUCCGGCGCCCCCGCCGCCGCUGGUGCCGCCGCCGGGAACCACUUCAGGUGCCUGGCCGCUGCCCUUGCCAGUGCCACUGCCUGCUCAGUGGGACUCGCGGGACAAGCGCUUGACUGCAGGCGUCAACGUUGUCAGCCGCGUGCGGUUCCAGGCCUCCUGCAACGCUUGCGUGGCUUUCACAGUCAUCGCUGCCGCUGAGUCCGCCUACGCCCUGGGCGCACGCCGUGCCGCCACGUACCUGGACUUCUCAGAGCAGGCGCUGUUCUUCUGCAAUAACGACAUCGCCGCCCGCCCGCCCGACUGCAACGCGGGCUGGGUGCUGCCGGACGCGCUGCAUGUACUGAGCCAGCGGGGCGUACGGCAGGAGCGGUGUUACGUGUACGACGUGACACGUGGUGCCGCCGUGUGUGGCCCGGCAGGGGCGGAGGAGCGUGACACCCUGCCAGGUGGCGAGGACGCCAACAGCAGCAGUGGCACCAGCAGUGGCACCAGCGGCAGUGGCGACAGUGGCAGCAGCAGUGGCGCUGGCAGCAGUACGGCGGCCGGCGCGGCGGCGCCGUCUGUUUGCGAUUCGGUGCCUGGUCGAUGGGAGGUGGUGGCGCGGGAGUGGUACGGCGUGGAGUCGGCCAACGCCACGGCGGCCAAGGAGAUGGUGGCGGGCACCGGCAGUGCCAUGACGUGCUUCAAGCUGUAUGCAGACAUGUACAGCCACCCAGGCGGCGUGUACCGCUGGGAUGGCGAGUCGGCGUGGCUGGGCUGGCACUGCGCGCAGCUGGUGGGCUGGAGCGACGACGGCGGCUGGUGGCUGUUCAAGAGCUCCUGGGGCACUGAGGUGGCGGACAAGGGCUUCUUCAAGGUGGCGUACGGCGAGGCUGAGGUGCUGGCAUGGGGCGUCUACGGCCUCAUCUGGCGGCCGUGAGAGGCGGGACCCAGGAGCAAAGUGCCGGGUCGUAAAUUCCUACAGCUGCAGCUCUCCAUCGCUUCAGGCCGGCUACUUUACCCCGUGGACACCACCCGCUGACCAAUGGGAGCAUUGCAGGGCAAAUGUUCUUGCACAGCUGUUACGAACCACAUGUAUGUUGCGUGUGAGGUGGCAUAUAGCCGCCAUGUGUAUGAUUAUGACCCUGUCUGCAUACGCAGUAAAAGGACGAACGACGAAUGCCAUACCUUUUAGAACAGCUGUCUUGUCCCACGUUUUCAUUGACCUCGAAGGCCAUCGCAUUACAGGCACCAUGUCAGGGGGAAGUGGCAAGCAAGCACUCCGCCUGCAUGGCCCUUGCGAAGGCCAAGAAUCCCCAUACAAAAUCAGCAGCAGAUAGCAGGAGUAGCACGGUAGCAAUGGUAGCAUGGAGAGUAUUGUUCAAGAAGCCGUUGGCAUUCCCCUGACAUUCUAGACGUGCGCCUGAGGGGACCUAUUUUGCUUUUUGUGGUCAUCAAGUGCAUGGCCCGCUUCAGGCCAUGGGACUAGGAGUCGAGACGUUCUGUAGGUGAGCGGACUGUACGGAUGAAAGUUGCGGGAUGUGUGUUUUACCGCGGCAUGAUUUGGGGGUCGGUCUUUCUCGAAACUCGGGCGCCUUCUUCUCUCUUCGUAGCCAGGCAUGUACGGAUUGGGCAGAUAGAGUGUGGCAGCCGGGGCGCGGCUAGAUAUUGCGAUCUAGGCUUACUGCUUGCGUUCGAAGGGCUUUAUGGAGCAUGUAUCCGCGUUUGUGAGAACUUCCUGUGGGUGUCCAGACAAUGUUAAGAGGCUAGUUUGUCGUAUCAAGUGGACCUAUGGGCGUAUUCCUUGAGAGGCGUGCGCUCUGCCGUAUUCCCGUCCAUUGAUUUGUCUGUUCUGUUGGGUGCGGCGGGAGGCGUGCACCCGUGCGUAUCUCUGCUGAGGGGCUGCACCUGGGUUCUUUAGCGUUCUUCGGCGUGAAGUUUUAUUAUGACGUUGCCUCAUUUCGGGCGUAUACUGUUCUAGUAGAUUUCUUUACUGGGAGCACGGAUGGGAGCACGUAUGAAGACAUGGUGAUGCAGGCGAUGGCGGAGAUUGCGGUAUCGACCGUCGCGACCUUUCUGCUCCGCGCGCGCCCGAGGCCCGUGGCCGAGAGUCACGGGGGUACGUGUAGCGGUUGGCAGACUGCAUGGACCCAGCUCGAGGCAUCAAUGUACGCAAAUUGCGCUUGUAACGAUGCAAUACA